AUGACCUCGACAACCACUUCCUCCCCGAUUGCGGGCCAGAAACGAGCUUAUCAGGACGAGGCUGUCGAUGACGGUCUGAGUAAUGAAGCAGCGUCUGGAAGUACUCCUCCUCAGGCUGCGUCUGCUGCCACGUCGGCGUUCAGGAACGUGUCGGCGUGCAAUCGCUGCCGACAGAGGAAGAACCGCUGCGAUGCACGGCUACCGUCCUGUACAACGUGUGAGAAAGCAAACGCGCGAUGUAUUGGGUACGAUCCCAUAACGAAACGAGAAAUUCCACGCAGCUAUGUCUACUUCCUCGAGACUCGGCUGGACUACUUCGAGUCGUUACUCAAGAAGAACAACAUAAGCUACGAGGUGGAUGCUGUGUACAACGCAGACUCGCAAGUGCUUCCAGAAUCCACUGGAGCCUCACAAAGCUCUGUGCCGGAUUCAAAGAGAUCAGUCGCCGAGCGCCGGAAUGGCACACUCAAAGCAGCGAGCGACGAGAAAGACAAAAUUGAAAGACUGGUCUCUAACAUCGGCAUGGUCUCGGUUCAGGGUGCAUCUGAUUCGCGGUUCUUAGGCAGUGUCUCUGGAAUUUCCUUUGCUCGAGUUGUACUGUCUGCCGUCAAGUCGUCUGUAUCUGGCAGUUCCUCGGAGCGGACCAGUAAAGCACCCCGAGGAAACACUAACAGCUCUGCGGGAAGCUCGAUGGGUAGUUCAAUGAGAGACACAUACUUUGGCCUUGCAACGAAGCCGGCCUUCAAGGAAGCACCAUUUCCGGAUCGGCCACUAGCUGACAAGCUGGUCAACCUGUACUUCGAAUACGCGAAUCCGCAGAUCCCGAUCCUUCAUCGAGGUGAAUUCGAGAACAUGCUUCAACACGCCUAUUCCGUCGAGCCUACGAUGCGAAGCUCACGCGAGCUCUAUCUACUCAACAUUGUCUUCGCUGUGGGAGCAGGGGUCAUAUGGGGUUCCUCAGACCAGCAACAUUCCGAUGGUCUCAGUCGGCAUGAAUCUGCGACUAAGCGAGCAAAGUUGUCGAGCCAACAAGCUCAGCCGGAAGAGUAUCACGCUUCUGCCAUUGUACACUUGGGUGUCUUUCUCAGCUCAGCCCCGACGGAAACUGCUGAGCGUUCUGGUGGUGACUUGGAGGAGUUGCAGGCAGUCUUACUGCUCGCCGCGUUUGCAUUGCUGCGCCCUGUGGCACCCGGACUUUGGUAUAUUGUCGGUGUUGCUAUGCGGCUGGCGGUCGAUCUUGGUCUUCAUUACGAAGAUGGCUCAGACAUCGAAGAAAUGCAACAGAAGUCCGACGAUGUUCUGAGCUCACGCGAAAAGGGCCGAAGGCAGUGGACACGUGAUUUCCGCCGACGACUAUGGUGGUGUACCUAUAACAUGGACCGACUUGUGAGCACGUGUGUGGGCCGGCCAUUCGGUAUAACAGAUCAGGUUGUGACAACCGCAUUUCCAUCUCUGCUCGAAGAUAAAUAUAUUUCGCGUACAGGAGGACUCCAGACUGUUGUAUCAUUCGAAGAGCCGUCCUACAAGCGCGUGGCUCAUCACUACCUCAAACUUCGCUUAUUGCAGUCAGAAAUUUUGCAGGUGUUGCAAUACCAACAAGCACAACAGGUCCGCCACAAGCGACGCAGAUUCCAAGAUGAGCCUGUCGACACCUCAAUUUUAUCCCCAUAUCUUUCUCAGCAUUCGUCGUUCCGGUCGUGGCGUCAGAAUAUUGACCAGAGGCUCUACGAAUGGAAGGAAUCCGCCCCGUCACAGGUCUCGACAGGCGUGAGCUUCGAUCGUAAGUUUCUGGAGCUCAACUACUGGCAGGCAGUAAUAAUGCUCUACCGGCAAUCGCUCGCUGUGCCCGCUGCCUUUGCGAACGAAAUGAGUCCAACAGAAGAAGUCUCAAGUCCUGGCGGCACUCUUCUGGAGGAGAAAGAGGAUGAGGAUGUCAUAUUCCUAAAGUGUGCAGAGGCUGGCCAAAAUACGCUGAAACUAUACCGACAACUCCAUCGUCAACGUUUGGUGAAUUACACUUAUCUCGCAACCCACCAUCUUUUCAUGGCAGGCAUAUCUUUCCUCUACGCUGUGUGGCACUCUCCAGCGGUGCGAAACAGGCUGACACUGGACUCAUUCGACUUCACAGUUCUUGCCGCGACAUCCGUACUGGGGGAUCUCAUGGAGAAGUGUCCGCCUGCAGAGGCUUGUCGCGACGCUUUCGAGCGCAUGAGCAAAGCGACCGUGCAGAUGUGCUUGUCGACGCCAGGUUUUGGCUUCUCCAAAGACGGCAGUGCUCGAACGUCAGUAAAACGCGAACCUAGCUUCUCCGAGCCACUGUUGAUGGAGGGUCUCGCGCGAACAAUAUCGGGUAAGGAGUACGCGCCGAUCGCCCCAAAGCCUGUCAUUGCGAAGAGACCUCCACCCAAGUUCGACAUGGACCUUCGACAAUUAUUCCCAGAGGAAAUAGACGUGGGACCACGCCCUUCUGCUGCUGUGCCCAAGAAGUCGAAGCAACGCGGGACAGACUUCACACGGUCUCAAGCCCCCCUAGCAAACUCGACUAGCACUGAAUGGCGUCAGGCCGCAUCUCUGCCCCAGGCUGCUAUGGCCCAGAACAGCGUGCCCAAUGUAUCACCCACCUUUUCGUCUCGGCAAGCGCCGGUCCCAUCACCCUCGUUGUCGGAACCGAGUUUUCAACCAGAGCAGAACUACGACAUCAUGAAUUAUUCAGUCACGUCGUCCUCGGCCUUGCCAGAGGAUCUGGACUAUAUGAAUAAUAGCUACGACUUCACAGCCAUCAACGAUCAAGGCUCACCAUUAGGCGCACUGGAUCUGGGAUUUGGACCAGGUGUCAUGGGGUUUGACUACAGCCAUGACUGGAGCGAUGGACAACAGUACGAUCUGUUUGAUGGCUUCUUCUUUGGCAACAAUGCAGGCGGCAAUGGUGACUACAUGAGCGGACCGAGUGACCUAGGAUGA